AUGGCACUGUGCGUAGAAAAAGAAGCGCCGAACGGAAAAAACAGCAGUAGGUUAUUUCAAUUUUUGGUCGCUUUGUCGCUUGAUGCGACACAACAAGAAGAAACAUGUGCCAUACAUAGCAACUUCCAAACAACAACUUUAUUGCUGGAUGAAGUCGCGUCACUUGAUUUGCAGAGAGAGUUGAGUUUGUUUGUAUGCAUUGAAUUUGAUGUUGAUCAAGAAUUAUGGCAGAAGAAUAUUCGCAAAAAUCUACACACUAAGCAAGCGAAGCAAUUUUGCAAAAGUUACGAAACUGCUGAAAUAAAUAUUGAACGCAAACCACAAAAUAAUCUUUUGUGUAUGACUGAGUGGAAUCUUGAAAGUCGCUCAUUACUUGACAAUGCAAAACAGUUUUUGUUUAGCACACAACACAAGAAUGAUCGUCUCGUAAAGUUGAUUUUAUCUGACUUCACGCCGCCAUCCAAACUCAAGCCAAAGCGUCUGUCGUCGGUCGGGAGAAGCAGACACAAUGAAACUUCUUGUUUGUGA